GCGAGUGGGGGGACUGGUGCUUGCGUGCAGGGGUAGGGUUCCAGUCUCCAGCCUAGGGACCUCUGUUUGACCACCAUAGUUUAUACACCAACCAAAAGGAAUAACAAUAGUUUGGGAGCCUUGGAGAGUGGAGUGUUAAAGGUACACACAUCUCUAGGAAAGAGGUUAACUUUCUUAACUCUGUUGUUAUGCUAGUAUGAUGCUACUGUGCAGAAAGGAUAAUCUUGAGUACAGGGAAAAAGCUUAUGUGAUUUACUGGUAAAGGCCGAGUCUGUAAAGAGGAUGAGGUUGUUGGUACGAGUACGACCCCUAGUUCAAUUGCACAUGUAUGAGUUUCUAGGGCAGUACUUGUAGCCAGCUUUGCGUGGGCUCAUGUGACGAGACAUUUGCAUUUGUAAUGAGGGAAAAAAGUAAAAGCUUUUUUUUGUGUGUGAAUUAAUUUCUCAUGGCUAGAGAAAGUGAGACACUGACUUGUGGACUCCUGUCUAGUGGUCUAGUAGCUCUGAAAGGACUAAAAAACACGAGACGUGACAUGGCCUUGUUUAGAUCUCAGCUAUCCCAGUCCUGCUGCUCUGGACCGAGACUGGUGUAGUGGUGUUCUCCCUCCUCCCUCUUCACUUCUUCUGUUCUCCUCACUCUCUCCCUUGCUCGCUGUCCACUCGCACCCACCCCAGCAAGGAAGAAUGGAGUACGAGAGGAUUCAUCAGAAGGCACAGCUAAUCUCCUGGAGUUCCAUUGAUACUCCUUUAAGAAAAAAUUGAGAACAAAGUGGACGAACCAUGAACUGAAGCGCAUGAACCGAUAAUGGCUUAGUAGAAUGUUAGUACCAGUUUCUGGAGUUUCCGGCUGGUGCCCUUUCUCCAACAAAGCUAAGGAUGAAGAUUAUGGGAGCCCACAAUCGAGUGAGAGUUAUCACCAGCAACUCAUCAUCGCGAACAUCACCUGCAAAAAACAUUGAGGCGUCACAAGCGCAGAACAGGCUGCUAGUCUGUGAUGUUCUUGAAGAAGUUUCAGACAACUCAGAUGGCACCAAACGUGCUUCAGCAAUUAACAAAGCUGAAGCCGUAGAAAAGGAUUCAGCAUUGGAUGUUAAUAAGGUUCAGAGCACUUCCAAGAGUUCAGUUCCCCAACCAGCAACAAGCAACGCGAGCAUGAUACAUCCAGUGAGACCUGUGGAAGAAGACAGUACUGAAUGUGAUAGUGGGCUUGACAAUGCUAGUACUAGUAGCUUUGAGUUCCAUGGAGGUGAGAAGACGUCGACACAGAAUCCAGGAGUGGGGUAUUUCUCUAGACAGGCUUCCUCGAAGUGGAAUGAUGCUGAGAAAUGGAUUGUGAACCGGCAGAAUGUUAAUCAGAACAUCCCCAAGGGCACAUCACAGAAUCAGACCGUCCACCAGAUGAAUUCUGCUGCAGCCAGGGGCGUCAUUGUGCCCAAAAUUUCUGGUCGCCCUGUGCAGAAAAUGAAGAGAGUGAAUCCAACUCUGUCUGCUCCGCGCAGCAUAUUAGAGAGGUUAUCUUUUGCUUCGUAUCAGCCAAAGCUGGUUAGGCAUGCAGAUGUCUGUCCAGUUAGUAGUUCUAGUGCUACCCCGGAGUAUCACAAGGCAACUGAUACUGGUUCAUCAAUAGAAGUGAAGCCCUGCAAUGACCCGAAAGCUAUUCCAACAGUUCAGUCAGUGUCCCUGAGAGAUGUUGGCACAGAAAUGACUCCAAUACCUAGUCAGGAACCGUCAAGGACUGGAACUCCACUCGGGUCAAUGACACCAACUAGAAGCCCUAAUUGUUCAAUACCAUCAACUCCUGUAGGAGGGAGGUCAGUAGCAUCACCUGGAGAAGAAAACACAGAUGAUGGGCCAUAUUUCAACAGAAAAGGUGUCACACAUGGAAAUGAAUUGUCAGAUACUGAAAUGAGGCUCAAGACAAGGCAAGAAAUUGCCGCUCUUGGUAUACAGCUAGGAAAGAUGAACAUUGCUACAUGGGCCAGCAAAGAAGAGCUAGAACUAGUCUCUGCAGCACCGAGCAUUGCUGAUUUGGAGCGGAUGAAGAAGGAAUAUGCUGCCCGUGCUGCAUCAUAUGAGGAGGCGGAAAAUACUAAACAUACAGCAAGAUUCAAAAAGGAAGAGGUGAAGAUUGAGGCUUGGGAAAGUCGUCAAAGAGCAAAAAUUGAAUCCGAAAUGAGAAAAAUAGAGGAACAUGCUGAGAGAAUGAGAAGUGAGGCAAUGGCGAAGAUGGCUGAAAAGUUAGAGAUGACACACCGCAUUGCUGAAGUGAAACGAGCUUCAGCCAAUGCCAAAAUGAACCAGCAAGCAGCAAUAGCAGUUCAGAAGGCCGAGAAGAUCCGCCAAACAGGAAGAGUUCCAAGGUCAAAUAUCCUAUGCUGCAGUGGCUGCUUCUGUGAACCUUAGUAGAUAUUCAACAAAUAGUAUGUUGAAUGUAGUGGUGGAAAUAUAAGCUCCACCCUCUAAAUCAGCAUUCCUUGAUUUUAGUAUGAAAAUGGGAAUGUCUGAUUAGGUAUUCAGAUGCAAACACAUUCUCGUUUGUCAUGUAAAUUAUCCCAAUGUUUUUUUAAAAAAAUCUUGGCCAGUGUAAAAAGCACCAAGUUAAUUGUUGGUCGAUGAAGAAGAAGUUCUCAAUCCGUA